AUGCCUUUCGCCAUUAGACGGCCCGAGGGCGAGGUUGGUGCCGUUUGGCCCGCCAUUGCUGUCGGUGCAUUCGUUGCUUUUGGUGGUGUCCUAUAUGGUUACGAUACAGGCACCAUCAGUGAUAUCCUAGCAAUGGAUUACUGGCUGAGGUUGUUCGCUACCCACACCGACGCUACAGGCGCACCUUACAUCACUGCAAGCCAGUCAUCCGAGAUCGUGUCCUUGCUCUCAGUCGGUACCUUCUUUGGUGCCCUUCUGGCAGCCCCUAGCGGUGAUUUCCUUGGUCGCAAGUUGGGCUUGAUGGCUUGGCUGUGCGUCUUCACUGUCGGUGUUAUCCUCCAAACCGUUUCAACUGCUAUCCCUCUCUUCGUCGCUGGUCGUACUAUUGCUGGUCUUGGUGUUGGUGGUAUCUCAGCCUUGAUUCCUCUCUACCAAUCCGAGACUGCGCCAAAGUGGAUCAGAGGAACCAUCGUUGACACUGGAUCAUACCGCAUCCCUAUCGCCGUGCAAUUCGCUUGGGCAAUCAUCCUCUUCAGCGGUCUGCUCAUUCUCCCCGAAACUCCCAGAUUCUACAUCAAGAAAGGCAAGCACGAGCAAGCUGCUCGCUCUCUUGCCAGGCUCAGACGUCUUCCCGUCGAUCAUCCCGCCAUCGAGGGUGAGCUAGCCGAGAUUACUGCCAACCACGAAUACGAGAUGUCUCUCGGAACGGCCAGCUACAUUGACUGCUUCAAGGGCAACCUCGGCAAGCGUCUCGCCACCGGCUGUGGUCUUCAGGCUCUCCAGCAGUUGAGCGGUGUCAACUUUAUCUUCUACUACGGAACUCCCUUCUUCCAGAACUCUGGUAUCGGUAACGGUUUCACGAUCAGUUUGAUCACCUCUUGCAUCAACGUUGCCUCCACUUUCCCUGGCCUGUACUUGGUCGAGAAGUGGGGUAGAAGAAGACUUUUGCUUUUCGGAGCUGCUGGUAUGGCUGUGUGUCAGCUUAUCGUCGCUGGUGUCGGUCUCAUGCCUACCUCGAACCAGGCCGCCCAGAAGGCUCUCGUCGCAUUUGUUUGCAUCUACAUCUUCUUCUUCGCUUCUUCUUGUAAGGGCCCAUGCGCUUGGGUUGUUACUGGCGAGAUCUUCCCUCUCAAGGUCAGAGCCAAGUCUCUGUCGAUGACCACCGCCUCGAACUGGCUCCUUAACUGGGCCAUCGCCUAUGCCACCCCCUACAUGACCGACGCUAUCCACACCAAUGUCUUCUGGCUCUGGGCUGCAUUCUGUUGCAUCUGUGUGGCCUUCGUUUGGUUCUGCAUCUACGAGACCAAGGGACUCUCCCUGGAACAGGUCGACGAGCUGUACGGCAAGGUCUCCAAGGCCUGGCAGUCGGAAGGCUUCGUUCCCACCGUUUCCUUCCAGGAAGUGCAAGACGUUACAGGCGGAGCUUCUCGCAACCAGUCUCUUGCCGACAUUGAGAGCGCCGCCAUGCGCAAGAAGAGCAUUACUCACUACGAGAGCGUCAUGGGCGAGAAGAUGUAA